AUGACAUCGACUUUCAAAGACGACAACAUGAUUCGUAUCAUAGUUUGUAUUUCAUUAUUUAUUACUACUGUAUCAGUAGCGGUUCCUUUUGGUCGUUUUGAUUUUUCAGAACAACAAGGUUAGUUUCGACCGUAUUCACGCUAGGUUGUUUAGUUCGACCGUUUUUUUUUCAGACAUUGCUGAUUUCUCAAAUUCAAACAAAAAUGAUAACGUUUUCUUACCUUUCCGUGAUACUCCAGAGAGACUUAUAAAUUAUGAAAUGGAUAGCUCAAAAGAAAGUGAUGCACUUCAUUCUGAAGAUGAUAUUUUCUAUAAGUUCGGAGAUCUCGCCACUUUGCCGAUAGAAAAGUUAUCAGGGCCGAAAAUAGCGAAUGGUUUCUAA